AUGCUGCGAAUUUCAAACUCGCGGCUGCUUGUAGAACAAGGAGCGUCUGUGCAUUUUGUUUGCUCGCGAAUUUAUUUAACCGAUUUCUGCUGAGUCUGCGAUUACCGGGCAGAAAUCCUCGGGACUGGGAAAUAACGUACGUUGGGGAGGAGGCAGAGAAAUAGAUAUAUCGUAAAAUGGAUGAUGAAGAUAUAAGCGAACGAAAAUUAAAAAUUGCUUCCAUCUUGGACAAAGUUAAAAGUUUUAAAACAAAGUAUGGAGCAGAAGAUAAUUGGACAGAUGAGAUAACCUUUUCAAAGUCUUCUGCUGAUACAACAGAGCACUCUGGAAUCCUUAGCAGUCUGCUAACGCCAAAAUCUCCAAAGGAAUGGCUGAGUUUCCUCGUGAAACUGGAGAGUACGGGACUACCUCAGAGCGACCGGAUGCUGCUCAAUAAACUGAUGGACAAUUAUAGUCGGGCUGUCGGCUCGCUCCCUGCAGAAAAACACAGUCAUAAUGAGAGCUAUGCUCAGAUUCUGGUGCGGUUCGCUGAGCUAACAGCAAUUACUGAUCCGGAAGAAGCACGUGAACAAUUCCAGCUUGCCCAUUUAAACUGCAAGAAAUUUGCUUUUGUGCAUACGGCUUUUGCUCAGUUUGAACUAGCAGAAGGCAACACUAAAAAGAGUAAACAAAUUCUUCGGAGGGGGAUAGACUGUGGAGCGGUUCCAAGUGAAAUGUUGGAGCUGGCAAUGAAAAAUUUGCAGUUAAAGAAACCGCAUUUAAUUGAAGAAGAUAAAGAGAAUGUAUCGGUACCAUCAAGUCACAGUAUUCAUGACCCAGGAGAGCAAAUCUAUGUUCCCCAAAAUCCGCAAAGGAUGAAGAAUGACAGUUCGGGAGAGCUGUCUAUGAAAGUGAUGGGUUCUUUUGGUGAGAGAUUAAGUUCCCCUGAAGAAUGCGGUGAUAAUGGGAGGAAGCCUUUGGUCAGCAUUCCUAAUAAGACAUGUCCAUUUGGUAGAGUGCCCAUGCGAUUGAUAACUUCACCUGAAAUGGAAUCAAGAACGUGUGAAGCUCCUGCUAACUCGAGCAUUGUCAAAAGGCAACCAUUCAAUCCGGUGCGUAUGCCUGUCUUGCCUAAACUGAAAUAUACAGGAGAGGACAACCUACAUAACUCACGAAAUGAGAAGUUGUCAAAUGAUUUAAACAGCCUGGCCCACCUGCAGCAGACUACCGAAGACAGUAUAGAGAUGAAAACACAUUCUUCUAUGAUUCUGAACCGGAAAGAUUCAAGCAUCACUUUCAAAAGAAAUGACGUUGUAGAUCUGACAGACGAUAGAGAUGUUAUGACCGCUAAAUUCAACCCUCCAGAAAUGAAACAACCAGAGCCAUGCAUUAUUCCCAGCAUUACCAGAAAGCAGUCAGAUCCACCAAAGCAAAAUGGUACUGAUUCUGAGUGGAAGUGGAAAGUCCCCGAGACGCCCAGUGACAUUUUUCAUACUGAGGGUAAACGGAUGAGCUUUGAGCCAAACUCUUUUCCUAUGCCCAAACGAGUAUCUCCACCAGUGGUUGAACAAAAGAAAUAUGACCCAGUCUUUGUUUGUGGAACUCCUAUCAACAAGCCAAAGGAAGAUUACAUGGAAUGCUUUAGAACACCGGUUGUGAAAAAUCCUCUUCCACCGAUGCCUUCAUUAUCUACCCCAUGCACCAACCAGUCCAGUUACCAGCAACCUCAAACACCAGCCAAUUCAUUUCUACAUCCUGCCAGCUUUCCGAUCUCCACACCGCUUGCUUCAAAUGACUGUAUAGUAGUGAAAGGGCGGCCAUAUGCAGUACUGAAACAGAUUGGCACCGGCGGAUCCAGCAAGGUGUUUCAAGUAAUGGAUGACAAAAAGCACUUAUAUGCUAUUAAGUAUGUGAACUUAGAGGAAGCUGACCAGCAAACCAUUGAAAGCUACCAGAAUGAAAUAUCUCACUUGAACAGACUCCAGCAACACUGUGACAAGAUUAUCCGGCUUUACGACUAUGAGAUCACAGAGCAGCACAUAUACAUGGUUAUGGAGUGUGGAAAUAUUGAUCUGAAUUCAUGGCUGAGGAAGAAGAAAACAAUCAAUCCUUGGGAAAGGAAAAGCUACUGGAAGAAUAUGCUAGAAGCUGUUCAUACUAUACAUCAACACGGCAUUGUGCACAGUGACUUGAAGCCGGCAAACUUUCUUAUUGUUGAUGGAAUGCUUAAGCUAAUAGACUUUGGUAUUGCAAACCAAAUACAGCCAGAUGUAACCAGCAUUGUUAAAGAUUCCCAGGUGGGCACAAUUAAUUACAUGCCACCUGAGGCAAUUAAAGAUAGCACUUCAUAUGGAGAAAAUGGAAGACCAAGAUCAAAGAUAAGUCCCAAAGGUGAUGUCUGGUCCCUGGGGUGCAUAUUGUACUGUAUGACUUAUGGCAAGACUCCAUUCCAGCAUAUUACAAACCAGAUCACUAAACUGCAUGCAAUUUUGGACCCUGGCUAUGAAAUAGAAAUCCCCAAUAUUCCAGAGAAAGACCUCCAGGAUGUCCUUCAAAAAUGUUUAAUAAGAAAUCCAAAAGAACGUAUAUCCAUUGCUGAACUCUUGGCACAUCCAUAUGUUCAGAUUCCACAUCAUUCACGGUCAGCUGAACAAAUGCAGAAAGACGAAAUGAAACGCAUCCUUGGCCAACUCAUUGGACUGAAUUCUCCAAAUUCCAUAUAUAGAGCAGCUAGGAACUUGUAUGACCAGUGUAACAGUGAGAUGAGUCUUGAUUUAUCUGCAAUUGGAAAACCAACAAAUCCGAACACAUGGACUACGAAGUGACACAAACGGGUCCUGUUCCUGGCACCAUAACGCACAGAAAGCUUCCAUCCCACAUGCUCUUAGCGCUUGACUGUUUCAGAAUGUUUAUAGUGUUAAUUCUUUGUACCUUGUGUUAACUAUUGUCAUAAGUAAUCCGUAAACAUGAAUCCUCGACGGGCAGUCCUGUAUGUAUAUAUUUUCUGUCUUCGAAAACCAGAUAAUUGGUGUCUGAAUAAAUCUUUGUAAAUAUGUA